CUCCCCAAAGCUUCCACUGCCCAACUUCCCAAUUUUGAAAAACCAAAUCAAAGAUCGUAAAAGGGCCUUCAUCUCUCUCUCUCUCUCCCUCUCCCUCUCUCUCUCUCUCUCCUCCAAUCUCCCCGCCGUUUCUCCUCCGAUUCCCGCCGGGCCAGAUUCGACCCGUCGUAUGGAGGCCAUCCGAAAGCAAGCCACUAAGCUACGAGAACAAGUCGCUCGCCAGCAGCAGGCUGUCCUCAAACAGUUUGGUGCUGGAGGAUAUGGAGGUUCAGAUAACAUCAUAACGGAUGAGGCAGAACUUCACCAACAUCAAAAACUAGAAAAGUUGUAUAUAUCAACUCGUGCUGGAAAGCAUUUUCAAAGGGAUAUUGUACGAGGAGUAGAGGGUUAUAUUGUUACUGGUUCAAAACAAGUUGAAAUAGGAACAAAGUUGUCAGAAGAUAGCAGGAAAUAUGGUGCUGAAAAUACAUGUACUAGUGGCAACACAUUAUCGAAAGCUGCAUUAAGUUAUGGACGUGCACGUGCUCAAAUGGAGAAAGAGCGUGGAAACAUGUUGAAGGCUCUUGGUACUCAGGUUGCAGAGCCAUUGAGAGCCAUGGUUAUGGGUGCUCCUUUGGAGGAUGCUCGACAUCUUGCUCAACGUUAUGACAGAAUGCGACAAGAAGCUGAAGCUCAGGCUAUUGAAGUUUUCAAGCGCCAGGCAAGGGUAAGGGAAACACCAGGCAAUGGCGAGAUUACGAUAAAGUUGGAAGCUGCAGAAGCAAAAUUGCAGGAUCUAAAGUCAAAUAUGGCAACAAUGGGAAAGGAAGCUGCAGCAGCCAUGGCCGCUGUUGAAGCUCAACAACAGAGGCUAACUCUCCAGCGACUCAUUGCCAUGGUUGAAGCAGAACGCGCUUAUCAUCAAAGAGUCCUCCAAAUACUUGAUCAGCUUGAAGGCGAGAUGAUAAUGGAGCGACAGAGAAUUGAAGCUCCUCCUACUCCCCCUCCUCCUGGUCCAAGUGUCGACAAUACCAUGUCUCCUCCUCCAUCAUAUGAAGAAGUCAAUGGUGUAUUUGCUUCUCAAGCACAUAAUGGCUCAACAGACUCCAUGGGUUACUUCUUGGGGGAGGUCGUGCAUCCCUACCAAGCCGAGUCAGACGUUGAGCUUAAUUUAACAGUUGGCGACUACGUCGUUGUUAGAAAGGUGUCGAACAACGGUUGGGCUGAGGGAGAGUGCAAAGGCAAAGCAGGAUGGUUCCCGUUUGGAUAUAUAGAAAGAAGAGAACGCGUACUUGCAAGUAAGGUUGCAGAGGUGUUUUGAUCCUUUUGCAUGAUUUUAAUCGGUUGGGGAUAUUGUAUGUGUAUCUUUUUUUUUUUUUCUUUUCUUUUCUUUUUCACUAGAUGUACCCGGAUGGAUGAUGCAUCGUGUUCUUGCUGAUAGAAUUCUCAUUAUACCAAUUGUUGAGAUUUUGUAAUAUGGAGACCGUAAAUUUCUGCUAUUGAUCCUUGUGGGCUGGUGUUCCUGAACUUUCUUUU